UUCCCAGUCCAAGUAAAGUAGUUAUCAGCUCACGUGGCUUAUUUCGAACCUUUUAUUAAAUUUUGCUGUUUAAUUUGAUUUCUUUCUCUCUUUUUUUUCUCCGUUGUUCGGUCGGCGAGGAGAUUCGACGUGCCGCCCUCGAUGUUUCUCCAAAAGGCAUGGAGGACGGCGUCUUUCGGGCUGUACGGAUUCACGCAGUUCACGAAAUCUGGCUUCCAGGAGCAUUCCAAAAGAUUCAAAGAAGAAGACAUACAAGUUCGGAUGGAGGGAAAAAAUUGCAUGGUUACAGGUGCUAAUUCUGGUAUUGGUUAUGCAAUCACUGAAGGUCUAGCUUCAAGAGGUGCAAAUGUCUUUAUGGUUUGUCGUAGUAAAGAAAGGGGAGAGGCUGCCUUGUCAAAAAUUCAGUCAACCACUGGUAACCCAAACAUCCAUCUAGAGAUAUGUGAUCUUUCAUCCAUUAAUGAAGUCAAAUCAUUUGUAUCUAGGUUCUCUACAAAUCAAAAGUCUCUUCAUGUCCUUGUUAACAAUGCCGGCUUACUAGAGCACAAUCGAGUGAAUACACAAGAAGGAUUGGAAUUGAACUUUGCUGUUAAUGUAGCAGCAACUUACACAUUAACAGAGUUGGCGAUCCCAUUGUUGGAAAAAGCAGCUCCUGAUGCUCGAGUCAUAACAGUUUCAUCCGGUGGGAUGUACACAACACCUUUGACGACAGAUUUGCAGUUCACUGAAACCAAGUUCGAUGGAACACAGCAGUAUGCUAGAAACAAGAGAGUUCAGGUAGCAUUGACUGAAAAAUGGGCUGAAACUUAUAGCAAUAAAGGCAUUGAUUUUUACACAAUGCAUCCUGGAUGGGCUGAUACGCCUGGUGUAGCUAAAAGCUUGCCUGGAUUGUCAAAAAGGCUUUCGGGAAACUUGCGCACAAACGAAGAGGGAGCAGAUACUGUUAUCUGGCUGGCUUUGCAACCUAAAGAGAAACUAAAAUCAGGUGCCUUUUAUUUUGACCGAAUGGAAGCUCCCAAGCAUCUGCGAUUUGCUGGCACAGCUAGUUCUCAUGUUGCCAUCGAUGCCAUUGUUAGGGACCUCCGUUCGUUGUGUGAUCUACAUUAAUACUUUUGAAUCUACAUGAUUGUUCCAAGUGUUUUGCUUCAAUUGAAUCCACCAAUUAUAUACUUGUGGUUGAACCAUAAAUAGUGGUUAAAGCAUCCUUUUGUUCCAAGGGUUAAUUGAGAAUGUGCUAGAUUUGUAUAGGCAACUUGUACUGGUAUGGGACUUGUUCUUUGUAAUACUUCAAAAUGGCAUGUCAUUUCUUGUAAAA